AUGGGAUUUGAACCCGCAGGCUAUUGUACGGUGGUGGGAUAUGACAAAAAAUUAGGACCUGUGGCAGCAUCGAUGAUGAAUGCGGCGUUCAUUCAGGCAACGGAACUAGAUGACUAUCAUAGCGAGGCGCCAUUGCAUGCCGCCAGCAUUGCAAUUCCAUCAAUUACCGCAAUAGCUGAUUUUUUGAAGCAUACAGACGGCAAAAAUAACUCCUCUAGCGCCGUGUCUGGGAGACAAGCCAUUCUAGCAGCAAUUGCCUGCUUUGAAUCUGGUCCUCGAAUCGGAAAAGCUGUUCAUGGAGCCGACCUCUUGGUAAAUGGCUGGCAUUGUGGUGCUGUAUACGGAACUCCAGCCGGAGCUCUAGCUGCUGGUAAAGCACUGGGAUUAUCUGUCGACCAAUUAGAGGAUGCAGUGGGUAUUGCAUGCACUCAGGCCUGCGGAUUGAUGUCUGCACAGUACGGUGGGAUGAUUAAGCGAGUGCAACAUGGUUUUGCUGCAAGAUCUGGUAUUCUUGGUGCUCUACUAGCACAUGGUGGAUAUGAGGGAAUCAAACAAGUUCUCGAGAGGCCAUAUGGUGGAUUUCUCACCAUGUUCACAAAGGGAAACAAUAAGGAAGAACAAUUCCGUGAACUUGAGGUGAUUUCAAAACUUGGCUCGUUCUGGCACACUUACGCUUUACGUAUCAAAAUGUAUGCAUGCUGUGGCUUGACGCAUGGGGCUAUAGAGGCAAUUGAAAACUUACAAGCAUUGCAUUCAAAGCGUUUCGAAAACGCCAACUUAAAACUUAUCAGCAAGAUACGUGUUGAACUGUCGCACUCGUCAUUUGCUCAUUGUGGAUGGCACCCUGAACGAUCGGCAAUCACUCCAACUGCUGCACAGAUGAGCGCACCAUUUAUCCUAGCAACGCAAUUCGUGCAUCGCAAAUGUCUUUUGGCUCAAUUCUCUGACAGCAAUCAUAAUCUUGACCGGGAUGACAUAUGGGAUCUUGUGAAUAAGGUAGAAUGUUCACAUAACCCAGAAUUCGAUCAGUUAAACCAGACGAGUGGAGGGCAUAUCUGGGUCGAGUUUGAAGAUGGGACAUCUGUGGAUGAGAAGGUUUCUAUGCCAAGGGGGGUGAAAGAACCUAUUGCCAAUGAACUGAUUUUGGAGAAGUAUCGGACACUGACUGCGGGCAUCAUGCCAGAAGACAGAGUCAAGGAGAUUGAGGGGAUCGUCUUGGGAUUGGAGACCAUCAGUGAUAUCAGUCCAUUAAUAGACUUACUUGGAAAGUCGGUGAACUCUGUAUUUACCUAG